GCGCGUCCCUGCGCCUCACGCUGCAAACGGGGGAUGCCUCCUUCCUCUAGAGCUCAAACCCACUCCCCGUUUUCCGUAAAAACUGUGACAAGGAAAAGCCCUGUUGUAUUUCUUUGAAACACUGUCACAAAGCUCAUGCUCUGCGAGCUCUCUCCACCUCCUCCACCACUCACAGGACUCCUCCAGGAUGCUGAAGAACAAGCCUUCUAUCGGGCACAAAGUGGCAGGCUGCUGGAUUUUCCUCUCGCUCUUCCAUGUAAACUUCUCUGCCGGCAGCUCAGGAAAAGGCUCCCAGAGCCAAGAUGAUAUGCACGUCAUCCACAACAAUCAACUGGACCUGCGGGAGAUAGUGUUCGUCCUCCAGAGUCAAAGCAACUCCUUCCAUGACAGGCAGGCAGAGAGACGGAGAGCUGAUUUACUGAAGCAGGCACACAGUCUCACCGAGAAACCGCCGGUGCUUUUGCUUCUUCACACUUUAUCAGAUAAUGAGGGAGAUUGGAGUAUGCUCCCUCUGCUGCCUUACUUAUCACACUCUUUUGGGAAAAACUCAUCCUGGAUCGUGUUUCUUGAGGAGGAAACAAAUGUGAAGAUGACUAAACUUGUUCAAGUCCUUGCAAAAUAUGACAAAAAUAAAGAGUGGUUUCUUGGUAAGCCCCUCCACGAUGCAGAGUCGACCAUCAUCCAUCACUACGCCUUCGCAGAGAAUCCCUCUGUCUUUAAAUAUCCAGACUUCACUGCUGCCUGGGCCUUAAGCAUCCCGCUCGUUGUUCGGCUCGCCAAUAAAGUGAAAGAUGAGCCACUUAAAUCUGACUUCACCAUUGACCUGAAACAUGAGGUUGCCUUGUAUAUCUGGGACAACGGGAACGGCCCACAUCUCACUGCAGUCCCUGAGCUGUGCACGGAGCCAGAGGACUCCCCUCAGACCAGCCACUGUGCCACCACACUGAGUGGGCCUCCGUUGUGUGGGGAGCCUGUAAAUAAAGAAGAUCUAUUUGUUGCUGUGAAAACGUGUAGGAAGUUUCACAGUGAACGAGUUCCAGUGAUAAAGAAGACCUGGGAAAAACAUGCCUUACAUUUAGAGUACUACAGUGACCAUGCGGAUCCUUUAAUACCAACCAUCGAUUUAGGAGUGCCAAAUACUGAGAGAGGACACUGUGGGAAAACAUUCGCCAUACUGAAAAGAUUUCUGAGCAGCUCUGUCCCAAACACCCGGUGGCUCGUUGUUGUGGACGAUGACACGCUGAUCAGCCUUCCCCGACUGCAGAUGCUGCUGAGCUGUUACGACCCCUCUGAACCCGUGUGUUUAGGAGAGAGGUACGGAUACGGCCUGAGCCAAGGCGGCUACAGCUACAUCACAGGAGGCGGAGGGAUGGUGUUCAGCAGGGAGGCAGUGGUUCGUCUUCUUGACAGCGGGUGUAAGUGCUACAGCGACGAUGCUCCGGAUGACAUGGUGCUGGGAAUGUGCCUCAAUGCUCUGGGACUCCCUGUCACACACAGUCCGCUCUUCCACCAGGCCCGCCCUGAGGACUAUUCCAGAGACUUCUUAGCUCACCAGGUGCCCAUUUCUUUCCAUAAACACUGGAACAUCGACCCGGUCGCUGUUUUCAACAAAUGGCUGAAGGAUGACUCGGUGGCGAAAACUUCAGAUGGACUCAAUAAGAGCGUCAAAACGGAGUUAUAGGAUUUUUAAGCACAUGAAAGCCUGUAUGAACAUCUAUGUAUGUAGAGAGCUUGUGUGUGAGAGAGUGAGUGUACAGUAUGUGUGCGUGUAUUAUGGAGUCAAGGAACUGUCCUUCAUAGCUGUAAAUGUUGUUGUAUUGUUGAUGUUGAACUGUUAUUAAGACGAACGAUGUGUGUGUGUAAGUCCAUGACUUACAAUGUGAGAGAUUUCAUGACUGAAUUGCAUGUUGAGGUUGUGUUUCUUUAGAAAAUAAGGGUGUAAUAUAUGUAUAUUUAUAACAUGUGAAUAAUGUAAACCUUGGAGGAGAGGUACUGUAUCUUUCAAAAAGCAUCACUUAUGCUGUACAAUGUGCUCUUUUUUUUGACAUAAAAGGAUUAAUAUCUGAGAA